UACGUUCAACACAAAGUCUUUGUCUUCACUCUUCACUCUUCUCAUUCAGCUUCAACCAUUUUCUCUCUUUUUCCAAUUUUUUUUUUAUUUUCCUUCUAUUUUCAAUUUCUCGCCCACCCCUACAAGAUCUUUUCACAUCUCUGAGAAGAUAAUUGGGGAUUUUGUUGCAAGAUGUCUCCGGUUGUUGAUGGCAAUGGGAACGGGAAGCAUAACGAAUCGAGCUCCUCGAUUUUUGAGAUUGGGGAGUCGGAUUUGUCCAGAUUGUUGGAGAGGCCGAAGGCUGUGAACAUAGAGAGGAAGAGGUCGUUUGACGAGAGGUCGAUCAGUGAGCUCUCGAUCUCAUCCCCGCCCCGCCAGUUCUACAAGAACAGUGAGAACUCGUCUCGUGUCUUUGACAACUUCGGGAGCAUCCAUUCCCCGGGGAGGUCUGGUGUGAGCACUCCUAGGUCGUUCUAUUGUAUGGAGACGCAUCCGAUUGUGGCUGAGGCGUGGGAGGCCUUGCAGCGGUCCAUAGUCCACUUCCGGGAGCAGCCUGUGGGGACUUUGGCCGCCUUGGAUAAUUCGACUGAAGAGCUGAAUUAUGAUCAGGUGUUUGUGAGGGAUUUUGUUCCUAGUGCUCUAGCCUUCUUGAUGAAUGGCGAACCUGAAAUCGUCAAAAACUUUCUUCUGAAAACGUUGCGCCUCCAAUCAUGGGAGAAGAAGGUGGACAAUUUCACUCUAGGGGCUGGGGUGAUGCCCGCGAGUUUCAAGGUACUUCAUGAUCCUGUGAGGAACAACGAGACGAUCAUUGCUGAUUUUGGCGAAUGUGCUAUUGGUAGAGUGGCUCCGGUUGAUUCUGGUUUUUGGUGGAUCAUUCUGCUACGGGCGUAUACAAAGUCCACCGGUGACAACACUUUGGCCGAGAUGCCUGAAUUCCAAAGAGGCAUCAAGUUAAUUCUGGCCUUAUGCCUGUCUGAAGGCUAUGAUACUUUCCCAACCCUUUUGUGUGCUGAUGGAUGUAGUAUGAUUGAUCGUCGGAUGGGUGUCUAUGGUUAUCCGAUAGAGAUACAGGCGUUAUUCUUCAUGGCCUUGAGGUGUGCUUUGCAUCUACUUAAGAACGACGAGGAAGGCAAAGAUUUCUCCGAUAGAGUGGUUAAGCGCCUUCACGCGCUUAGCUAUCACAUGAGAAGCUACUUUUGGCUGGACAUCAAGCAGCUCAACGACAUCUACCGUUACAAGACUGAGGAGUAUUCGCACACUGCAGUGAACAAGUUCAAUGUGAUGCCCGAUUCCCUCCCAGAUUGGGUGUUUGAUUUCAUGCCAACUCGUGGAGGCUACUUCAUCGGGAAUGUGAGCCCCGCGAGGAUGGAUUUCCGUUGGUUCUGCUUGGGCAACUGCGUGGCCAUUUUGUCAUCCCUGGCAACUCCCGAGCAAGCUUCAGCUAUAAUGGACCUCAUUGAAUCACGUUGGGACGAGCUCGUUGGGGAGAUGCCGUUGAAGAUAUGCUAUCCGUCCAUGGAAACCCACGAAUGGAGAAUCGUAACCGGCUGCGAUCCGAAGAACACUAGCUGGAGUUACCACAAUGGAGGCUCUUGGCCAGUCCUUCUAUGGCUCCUGACAGCGGCGUGCAUCAAGUCCGGGCGCCCCCAGCUAGCGAGACGCGCCAUCGAGCUUGUGGAGGCGCGUCUGUCGAAAGACCACUGGCCGGAGUACUAUGACGGGAAGCUGGGGCGUUACAUGGGGAAGCAGGCGCGCAAGUACCAGACGUGGUCGAUCGCGGGCUAUUUGGUGGCGAAAAUGAUGCUGGAGGAUCCUUCCCAUUUGGGAAUGAUCUCACUUGAAGAAGACAAGCAGAUGAAGCCUCAUAUCAAGAGAUCUGCAUCUUGGAUGUGUUGACACACACAUCAUAUUUGUAGUGAAAUUCCACUACUUCUUACUGCAAUAAUUUUCUGUUAUAGUACCAUGUUUUUGUAUGGACAUCAUCAUCAUCACUUAAGUCUUGAACCUUGUUUUUGUCCAUUUUUGUUAUGGGAAGUUGUAAGAAAACACUGCAGUGCAUUAUACACAAUGUUUUUGUCUA